AUGUCGCUCGAAACCCCCAUAACAGUACUCUACAAAGAGAUCAAUGGUAGCAAGAUCACCACAGAUGUCUACCUCCCGAAAACUACCUCGUCAUCGCCGCUGAACUAUCCCGUGGUGAUUGAUAUUCAUGGCGGCGCUUUCAUGCUCGGCCAUUCCAAGAUGGUCUCCAUGGCCCAGAUAAAUGACUGUCUGGAGCGCGGGUGGAUCGUCCUCGUUCCAAACCAUCGGCUUUGUCCCGGUGUGAAUUUGCUUGAGGGUCCUAUGCAGGAUAUUCGCGAUUUGCUUACUUGGGUCUAUGAUGGUCACCUCGAUGCGGUUCUAGCGGAGCAGGGACCGCACCGUGUUGAUAUGGAGAAUGUCGCCGCUUUUGGAACCUCGUCUGGUGGACAGUUGGCUCUGAGUUUGAAACAGGGCUUCAACACACCUAAACCACCCAAGGCUAUCUUCUCUCUGUAUGGCGCUGUGCACUUUACGCAUCCAUUCUGGAAACAGGAGCUCCCCCAUGUCGCAGCUAAACUCCCGCCUAAUCUAGAGGAAUCCUUCCUCAACAAGAUCUACGAAGAGUUCCCUGUUCCAACAGACAGUUCAGUCUCUCUAGAAGGACAGAGCGAGUCCGGCGCCUCGAAGGGCCCCAACUUCUCGCAACCCCGCGACGCAUUUGCCUUCACUCAGAUCUCCUCUGGCAAGGUGAUGUCUGCUAUCUAUCCUCCCGGUGAAGCUGGUGGCUCCGAUGAGGGAUACAAGCUGGUUGACCCGGUUCAAAAUAUUUCGGCUAAUUUCCCGCCUACAUACAUUGUACAUGGACUUGCGGAUACCAUGGUCACUAUCGACGUGAGUCGGGAGCUGUAUAAGCGCCUGUCUGAGGCUGGUGUUCCUUGUGGAAUGACCGAGGUUCCCGGAGAGGAACACACUUUCGCGAUGAUGAUGAAGGUCGGAUCGAAGACUUGGUGGUUACAGCGGGAAGGAUUUGAUUUCUUGGAGAAGUAUAUUGGAAAAGGACCGCUCUAG